AGCCUGCUCCCAUUCAGACCUCACUACCUUCUGCCACCAUGAAUGCACUCCUGGUCCUGGCCCUUGUGGGAGCUGCUGUUGCUUUUCCUGUUGACGAUGAUGACAAGAUCGUUGGAGGAUACACUUGCAGAGAGAAUUCUGUGCCCUACCAGGUGUCCCUGAACUCUGGGUACCACUUUUGUGGAGGUUCCCUCAUCAAUGACCAAUGGGUGGUGUCUGCUGCUCACUGCUACAAGAGCCGCAUCCAAGUGAGACUGGGAGAGCACAACAUCAAUGUCCUUGAGGGCAAUGAACAGUUUGUCACUGCUGCCAAAAGCAUCAGGCAUCCCAAGUUCAAUUCGAAGACCCUGGACAAUGAUAUCAUGCUCAUCAAGCUAGCUUCCCCUGUGACCCUCAAUGCCAGAGUGGCCACUGUAGCUCUGCCCACCUCCUGUGCACCUGCUGGCACUCAGUGCCUCAUCUCUGGCUGGGGCAAUACCCUUAGCUUAGGUGUGAAUAACCCAGACCUGCUCCAGUGCCUGGAUGCCCCACUGCUGUCUCAGGCUGCCUGUGAAGCCUCCUACCCUGGGAAAAUCACCAACAACAUGGUCUGUGCUGGCUUCCUUGAGGGAGGCAAGGAUUCCUGCCAGGGUGACUCUGGUGGCCCUGUGGUCUGCAAUGGACAACUUCAGGGCAUCGUCUCCUGGGGCUAUGGCUGUGCCCAGAAGAACCUCCCUGGUGUGUACACCAAGGUCUGCAACUAUGUGGACUGGAUUCAGGACACAAUUGCUGCCAACUAGAGAUCCCCAAUCCCUCCUCAGUCACUGUUUCAAUAAAGUGCAUUUUUCAUCACUA